AUGCUGCGCACAAGCCUCCGCGCCUACUUCACCCUGCUGCGGAACAAACAGUGGACAUCAUCGGCAACGACGGUCGAAAUAUCGGUAUGCCAUCAUGGCACACUACACUCGUUUAGUCCAGUCGAGUGGAUGGUGGUCAUCUAAAAAAGCAUUUAAAAGUCGCUUCAGCGUACGGUUGGUUUGCGCUCUGUUGACUAAGCAGACAUCCAGAACUAAUGAAGUCAAAGUGCAGCUGAAAUUGAUGAGUUUGGUUUAGGCUUUUUCCUGUGCUCAAAGGAAACCAACAGUGCCCAGGAGGUGCUAUAAUUAACCUAUUCGAUUCUAUAUUUGUGUUCGAACUCCAGCUGUUGGUUAGGGUUAUGAGUGACUGAUUGGAGGCAGAAUAAACCUGAGCCAGUCCUGUAUCAAUCUGCCCCAGCCCUCAACCGACUUCCCCCAAAUGAUGGUUCUCAGCCCCUAGAAGUUCGCGGAAACGCGUUAUGACACAGCCGGUGUCGUACUUUAAUUACAAUCUCCUGAAAGUUACAAUGAUAGCAAAACAAACGCGUUUCUUCACGUGAAACGUCUAGUACGUGCGCAUAAAAAUGAAUGACAGUAUCAGUGACUACGUUACUGUCACUCUACUCCACCUGCCGGACCACUUGUCCAAAGAAUUGUUUGCCCCACACUUUGCUUUGUCUAACAUGCGUAAAUCGCAGAGUGGCUCUCCACUGGACUAAUUGGCACUGAAAAUUCGGUUGUAAACAAGUGCGACCCAUGCGCGCCAGCAUCACGUCGGCGCCCUUAAGUCAUUCCGCACCGUUGACGCACAAAGUGACGAGCAGCUCUCUACGACUAAUCGUGCUAUUGGUUCAAGCACGCACCCACCCCCCCUAUCUGGUGGUUAGUCAGUCUUCACAACACCUAGGCAAUUAUGAGGCCUAUCAUUGGAGAUGUGUAUCGAGCAUUACCGUGCCCCUUCGAUUGACAUAAUUGACACCAACACGUUAUGUGAAAUUCGUUGAUUUACCUUAGUCAGUAGUUAGCCACUUGGUUCCGUCAUUUAAAACGUUCUCCAUCAUGGUAGUCUGUCGAAAACAUAAGAUGUCAUUAGUGUUCAGUGACAAGACAGUUUUUAUCACAACAUACCAGAAAAUAUCGUUUUUCUGUCUGUGUGCUUCUAGCAUUUCCAUAGUUCUUGCAAAAAGCUGUUUUUAUUUCUUUGCUCCCCUCGGCGACGAGACCUUUGUCGUGGUAGUUCUCGCACUUCGUCCUGUCUCCCUUUUUGAAGACAGCUACGAGGAUGCCUGAACCCAUGUCAUAAGGAGCGACCUCGUCCCCCCAAGCUUGCUUAAUCAUAGAGCCAGCGCGCUAACGUCCACACAAGAUUAAUGAAUCACAAUGCGAGUGCCGACCUCUCUGGGGGCCUUGUUGCGCAGAGUCUGUUCUGCGUGGGCGAUUUGUCCCCCACACAACACUGCAUAGGCUGGAGUUGGAUGAAACAGGUACAGAAGGAAGCGAUGACGUUGUGAGUUGGUCACGAGAACUCACCGUCUACCAGUUACGCAGUGGUUUAAACACAGGUAUGAAUGAAUAGAAGCGUAAGUGUCAUCGAUGCCGUGGCUGACUCCCCCUUUUGCGGGUAUGAUCGUUAGCAAGCCACAGAUAGUCAUUCCACAGUCCCUCGCCUCUGUUGGUAAUAAUGCUCGAAGAAUAUAAGCCCUGCACCAGCUGCAUCUUCCUUUAUAGGCGCACGUCCAACAGCGACCUUUGCGAGACCCCAUCGAGGUGGCGAUGGAAGAGGACGCCAACGACGAUGAUGAGGAAGAUAAUUUACCCCUCACGGACCUCUGCAAGCCGGUCGCGGCACCACAUCCGCAUGUCACAGCGGCCGUUGUUGCGCCUCCCGAACCUCCACCACUGCCACAACCGCCUCCACUAGCCACCUGCUGGCUAAAAACAUGCCAUAACCCCUUACCUCCCCUCGCCGAGCGAUGGGAUGGACAAUUUUGUUCCUGUGAUUGCCUGGUCAAGGCUUGCCGACAAGCCUUUAAGGCCUACCUCAGCCAGGGGAUGGCAACUCCCAACCACCAGGCUGUUUCAUGA